ACGCUGCCGCUGCCGCCGCUGCUGCUGCUGCCGCCGCUGCUGCUGCUGCUGCUGCUGGCAGCCGGGAGGACGGCGCGCGGAGCCUUCCCCGAGGAGCCCGGCCCCAUCGCCGUUGCCCCCCAGGACUACGUGAAGCACUACGCCGUGUUCGUGGGCCGCGGCGCCGGCCCCGACGCCCCCGCCGCCCCCGCCGCCGAGCGCCUCAGCAUCCAGCGCAUCCUCAAGGUCAACCGGACCCUCUUCGUCGGGGACAGGGACAACGUCUACCGCGUGAGCCUGGAGCCCGCCGCCGCCGAGAUGCGCUACCAGCGGAGGCUGACGUGGCGGUCGAACAAGCACGACAUCAGCAUCUGCCGGAUGAAGGGGAAGCACGAGGCAGAGUGCCGAAACUUCAUCAAGGUGAUGCUGGUGAGGAACGAGAGCCUGCUCUUCGUGUGCGGCACCAACGCCUUCAACCCCGUGUGCGCCAACUACAGCAUGGACACGCUGGAGCCCGUCGGCGACAACGUCAGCGGCAUGGCCCGGUGCCCCUACGACCCCAAGCACGCCAACGUGGCCCUCUUCACGGGCGGGAUGCUUUUCACGGCCACGGUGACGGACUUCCUGGCCAUCGACGCCGUCAUCUACCGCAGCCUGGGGGACGGCCCGACCCUGCGCACCGUCAAGCACGACUCCAAGUGGUUCAAAGAGCCCUACUUUGUGCACGCCGUGGAGUGGAGGAGCCACGUCUACUUCUUCUUCCGCGAGAUCGCCAUGGAGUUCAACUACCUGGAGAAGGUGGUGGUGUCGCGGGUGGCGCGGGUGUGCAAGAACGACGUGGGGGGCUCGCAGCGCGUGCUCGAGAAGCAGUGGACCUCCUUCCUCAAGGCCCGGCUGAACUGCUCCGUGCCGGGCGACUCGCACUUCUACUUCAACGUCAUCCAGGCGGUGACGGACAUCCUGGAGCUGGACGGGCGCCCCGUGGUGCUGGCCGUCUUCUCCACGCCUGCCAACAGCAUCCCCGGCUCGGCCGUGUGCGCCUUCGACAUGGCCCAGGUGGCCGCCGUCUUCGAGGGACGUUUCCGGGAGCAGAAGUCGCCCGAGUCCAUCUGGACGCCCGUGCCCGAGGACGUGGUGCCGAAGCCCCGGCCCGGCUGCUGCGCGGCCCCGGGGAUGCGCUACAACUCCUCCAGCACCUUCCCCGACGAGAUCCUCAACUUCGUGAAGACGCAUCCGCUCAUGGACGAGGCGGUGCCGUCCCUGGGCGACGCGCCCUGGAUCGUCCGCACCAUGACCCGGUACCAGCUCCGGAAGAUCGUGGUGGAUAACGCAGCAGGGCCAUGGGGCAACCACACCGUGGUCUUCCUGGGCUCCAGCACGGGCACCAUCCUCAAGUUCCUCAUCAAGCCCAACGCCAGCACCAGCCCCGCACCCACUAUCCCUGGCAGCCAGAGUGUCUUCCUGGAGGAGUUUGAGACGUACUACCCUGGAAGGUGCGGCCGGGACACGGAGGACGAGCGGCGGCUCCUGGGCCUGGAGCUGGACAAGGUGGCGGGCUCGCUGCUGCUGGCCUUCCCGCCGUGCGUGGCCCGGGUGCCCGUGGCCCGCUGCCAGCAGCACGCGGGCUGCAUGAAGAACUGCCUCGGGAGCCGGGACCCCUACUGCGGCUGGACGCCCGAGGGCUCCUGCGUCUUCCUGGAGCCCGGCCCCAGGGCGGCCUUCGAGCAGGACCUCGCCGGCGACAGCACCUCGCACCUGGGCGACUGCGAGGGGCUGCUCACGGAGAGCUUCGUGGAGGGCGAGCCCGACGGGCUGGUGUCGGUGAACCUGCUGGUGAUCUCCUCGGUGGCCGCCUUCGUCAUCGGCGCCGUGGUCUCGGGCUUCAGCGUGUGCUGGUUCGUGGGCCACCGGGACCGCAAGGAGGUGGCGCGCCGCAAGGACAAGGAGACCAUCCUGGCGCACAGCGAGUCGGUGGUGAGCGUGAGCCGCCUGGGCGAGCGGCGGGCGCGCGGCGGGCAGCCCGGGGCGCUGCUGGCGCCGCUCAUGCCUGCCGGCUGGCCGCCGGAGCUGGCCAAGGCGAGCCAGCACGAGCUGGACUCGGGCGUGCUGCCCACGCCGGAGCAGACGCCGCUGCAGCAGAAGCGCUGCCCCGGCGCCUUGCAAAACUGCGGCUGGGAGCAGAGCCACCACCUCCUGGACGCGGCGCUGCGGCAGCCCCCCUGCCCCGCCGGGCCGGCGCUGCUGCUGCCGCCCCGCGCCCGCCCGCCCCGCGCCGGCCCCCUGCCCUGCCGCGCCGGCCCGGCCGACCGGCAGCCGGAGGGCGAACUCAGCGACUCGUCCGGCGACGGGCACUGGGGCCGCGAGCCGGCCGACGGCUCCCGAGCCCCGCGGCGGACCCGCCGGCCCGCCGGCCGCGGCGAUUCGGGCGGCGCGCCGCGCGCCGGAGCCGACCGCCGGCGCGUGGUGUCGGCGCCCGGCGGCGAGGCCGGGGGGGACUCGGCCGAGGGGCCGCCCCGGCGUCCCGAGCGGCUCGACUCGGACGACGGCCGCCCCGGCGGCCGCCUCAAGAGGAACCACACGUUCAACAGCGGCGAGGCGCCGGCGGCCGGCGGCUACGGCCGGCCCGGCGCGGCCCCCUGCGCGCUCACGGACCUGCACCACCUCCUGCACUACGGCAUCGAGCGGACUCCCUCGGGCAAAUAGCCGCCGCCGCGGACCUCGGGGCGCCCAUGCCCACCGCCCCGGCUGGCACGGGGCCGCUCCGUGCCGCCUCCCGUCCCCGUCCCCCGGGCUGGGCCCGGGGAUGCGUCCGCCCCGGGACGGACGCGCGGAUGGCGGGCACGGCCAGAGGCGGGAUGGAGGACCAGGAGGCGGCGCCGGAGGGGGGGUCCCGGCGUCCGUCCGUCUGUCCGUCCGUGCCUGCGCGGGGACGCACCCCGGUUGCAGGCUCCGCGCUGCGCUUCGCCGGCGUGGCCGGUGCCGUCGGUGCUGUCCCUCGUCCCCUCCGCGCCCCUGCACCCCCUCUAAAGCACAGCCCGGGGGCCGGGUGCUGGCCUGAGCCCUGGGUGCUGCGGGGGGUGGGCGUGGGCGUCUCUGCCCCCCGGCCCCAUUUGGCUUCCCCGGCGUGGGGGGUCCCCGGCG